CAGCAUGAGAACAAGUUGCGGCUGUUGAAGGCCAAGUUCCUGUUGCAGCAGCAGCUGAAGGCUGAGCGGGCAGCCAAGAAUCGGAGGCUGCUGGUGAUUCUAUGUGAAGGACUGAAGAGCUGCGCGGAAGCGGAGGAUGCUGAUGGUGAAUUUGUCGCUGAGUUUCGAGAGUAUUUCGGUGUCAAGUUGAAGGCCUGCUUAGUGAAGAUGCACGCUGCGACUGCCAUGGCGAAAAACGCGAAGGACAGCGACAGCAUCAACACUUUUGCUGACAACCUGAAGUACCUGCGAACCACGUUGCCCAAUUAUAUCGACAAGAGUUUUCUGUUGUGGCUCGUGGAAGUGACUUGCCACACUGCAAUUUCGUCGUUUCAGCCGGGCAGCACUGCGGAGAUGCGACAGCUUGUCGACUUUGGACAAGAUUUCUUUGACAAAGUGUCACAGGAGCAACCAGUCUCGCCAGAUUUCCGUUUGCAUCAUCUCAUCAUCACCGGGUUUUACUAUCUCAGCAGGACGGGGAAAAUGAACAAGGUGGCACCAUUGCUCGAAACAAUCCAAGCACUAUCCAAAGCCACGGAGAGUGGUGGCGAUCAAACCCGUGCAGGCGUCAUGAAGGAAUCAUACCUGAAAGCAAUUGUGGAUUCGAUGCGGGUGAGCGUCGUUGCGAGCUCGGAGCCCAAACAGGCGUUGGACCUGGCAAUGAAUACUAUCCUCGCAGCUCAGGCCAACUUGCAGACAUUCGCUCAGCAUCCUGGAGUACGGCUCAUGUUCACAGCUACCUUGUUCGACAUGCUUCACGUCUACUGCCAAUUGCUGGCGCAGCAGUGCCGAUAUGCUGACAUGGGAGCUAGUAUAGUACAAAUGACCACGCUAUUCGGAGCAUACAAGGCUGACUUGGAACGAACCAUAUUUUACCGCUUUUUCCUCGCGCGCUGUCACCUGCUGAUCGCAAAGUACGACCUUGCGCUCGCAAAGUGGCUGUGGGCGACUGAGGGUCUAUCCAGAGGAGCAAUAGAGGAGGCUGCUGACCCUCCGCGCUUCACGCAGCAUACGGCGCUGGAGAACCUUCGACCAAGGGCGUUCACACUGCUAGAUGAGGCCAUACAACGCAUUAACGCGAGCAUGAACGGUGGGGAGACCAUGUCCGAGAUCAUGGCGCUGUUCGGGUCGCAGCUUGUGAGCUUCGGUAAAGUCGAGCAAGGCGAGGAGAUGCUGACGAAUGCCGUCCGCACCACUCUCCACAGCAAGAACGUGCUGCUGCAGACGCGUCUGCUCGCUGACGUGUUCGAGCUCUACAAGAACAAGGGCCUGGUGGAGGCGCAAGCAACAGCAGCAGCCAAGUACAAUAAGAAGGUGGCCGUGCUGCACCAACGAGUUGCCGCAGCCCAGGCCGAAGAAGCCACGGUCUCCGCGCUGCUGCGAUGGACUGCCGGCCGAGCGACGGCGUCGACGCCCUCGCGUGGAUAA